AUGUCCAGCGCAAUGCUCAUCGAUGCAGUGCUCCUCUGUGGCGUGCACCUCGGGCUGACACUGUAUGAGGCUGGGACUGUCUCCCAUCGGAACAUACAGAGCGUCUUUCUUCGCAGUCUGAUAUGCAGCGCUUGUGUCAUCAUCAUGUGGUACCUCAUCGGAUACGGCUUCGCUUUUGGUUCUGGAAACUCAUUUGUCGGGAACUCGGACUUUGCGGUGACGGCCAAGAACGAAUUUAGCUGGUGGCAGAUUGUUGUGGAGGGCCUGAAAUAUAGCCGCGUAAGUUACCACGGUCCUUACUACAAGGACAAGAUCUACGCCUGCGUCGUCCUCCUCAUUUCCGUCCUCGUGUACCCCCUCCCGAGCCACUGGAUGAAAUCUUCGGGGGGAUUUUUGCAGCUCAUGCAUCCCAUGUUGCACCUGCAGGACGGCAGAGCAACGGAAGGGAUCGGGUGCAUCGACUCUGGAGGGGCCUCACAAGUUCACCUGAUCGCUGGAGUGAUGGGUGUGAUCGGUGCGAUCAUGAUCGGGCCGAGGAUGGGGAGGUUCACUCCGGACGGGACCUGCUCUCCCAAGUUCCUGAGCAUCAACAACCCGUCGCUCGUCUACUCGGGGUUGUCGUUGGCCAUCCUGAGUUGGCUCGGAUUUCUGUCAGGUGCCUACUCCAACUCCAGCACGUCGUCAGGAAGAGCCUUUGAAUCCUCCUUGAUCGCUCUAUCCUCUGGAACCCUCGUGGGGAUCUUCCUGAGCGUCUACUACCUCCGCUGCCACUCCGUCGGAACAGUCCUGAAGUGCGCGUUUGCGGGCCUUGUUUCGAUCUCUGCAUCAGCUCCCAUUAUUGAGCCCUACUUCGCCAUCGUUGUGGGUGUGAUUGGAGCUGGCCUCUGCUUCGCCGGCUCGCGUCUACUCCUCCGCCUUCACAUCGAUGACGCUCUUGACGUCAGCUCCGUGCAUGGCCUCUCGGGUAUGUGGGGGACCCUCGUCCCCGGUCUGUUCUCUUCCGAACACUACGUCCGAGAUUUGAGAUCCGUCAACGAGUUCUCGGGAGGAGGAGUUCUGCUAGGCAACGGCGGCAGCUUGCUGGCAGCUCAGACCUUGGCUCUGCUGCUUCCCCUGGUACCGCUCGUUUAA